CGCUGCGGGAGCGGGGCCGGCGCGGGCGGGGCCAGGCGGGGCCGCGCCGUCUCCUUCCUCCGGUGCCCGCGCCGGUGGCUGUGAGGGGAGGGUGGGAAGCGCUGCUCGGCCGCGGCUCCCCCUCACUCUGCGUUUCCCCUCCGGUUGGAGCCGGGGGAGGGAGCUGCGCGCCCCCCUCACGCCGUGCGCACGGGAAUCCGUCUGGGCCCAGCCCGGUGAGGGGGCUCCGGGCGUGGGGAAGGUGCCGGUGGCGGUAGGGGCUCGGCAGAGGGAGGACCUUCCUCAGCGGCAGGGCUCCGGGCAGGGACGGCUUUGUGCUGUUUUGCUACAGGAUAAAAAUGGCCUCUCGGCGGAUCACACGGGAGACGUUUGAUGCUGUAGUGCAGGACAAAGUUAAAAGGUAUCGCAUGGACCGCAGCAAUGCUAUGGAGGAGCCAAUGCAUCAUUUUAAAGCUCACUCAAGGCCCAUCCCAAGACCAAGAUAUGAAGACAGCUUUCAUGAUGAUGGAAGGUACACUCAUGACAACACCCAGCACCAUCCCCACGACGACUGGAGCGAAGACCCUCCAGAUGACUAUCCAGGACCUUCUUAUAGAUCUACUAGUCCUCUCAUAAGAAAAGAUAACUAUUACCAUGAACAGUAUGGCCACUCAGCAGCUCAUGACCGGGAUUUUGGCCGUCCAGCAUCCCGUGACAGGGACUAUGGGCGCCCAGUUUCACACGACCGGGAGUACGGGCACCCGGCACCUCGCGAGCGGGACUACGGCCGCCCACCCUCCCACGACAGGGACUAUGGAGACCUGGCUUCUCAUGAGCAAGCUUAUGGCCCUCCUGACUCAUGGGAAUCCAGCAGAGGACAUGAACCUGAUUUUAGUUCUUCAGAUAUUUUAGGGGAUUUUAGAUCCCCUGGGCUCAUGGAAGAUGAAUAUGGCAACGUGGAAGAGCAGGAGUAUGAUGUGGACUUUGGUGUUCAGUCUGACAGCGAGUUCCAGCCCCAGAUCCGGAGGGGCACCCUUGGCAGGGGAAGAGCUCUGAGGGGAAAGCGUCUGAUGAGGGGUGGUAUGAAAAGUAAAGUGUUCAAUAAAGAAAUCAAAAAUCCCCUAAAGAAAUGGACCACUAAAAAACUACCCCUGGGCCCUGAUCAGAAGCCACCUAUGCAACCUGAUCAAAUGCCAGAGGCUGCUGAACGACCCAACCAGAGGCCACUGGCUGUCCAGCACCCUAAUCCAAAGUUGCCUCUUAGACCUAAUCAGAGGCCAACUCUAACAACCCAGAGACCUAUUCUUAGGCUUCCAAAGCCUGCUCAUGUAUUCAGGAAUCUCAGUUUUGACCGUGUGGACAAAUCAGACAUUUUCUCAACGUUUGGCAUAGAAAUUAUCAAGUGGGCUGGCUUUCAUGCAAUAAAAAACGAUGCAGAGUUCUCUCGGCUCUUUGAAGCUCUCUUUGAGUUAGAAACAGAAACCUGUGCAAAAAUGCUUGCUUCAUUCAAAUGCACCUUUAAACCAGAACACAGAGAUUAUUGUUUCUUUGCUAUCAAGGGUUUACAACACGCUGCUCUGAAAACUCCCAAAGUGGACAAUGAGUUUUUAAACAUGCUGCUGGAAAAAGGUGCUGUGAAAACCAAGAACUGCUUCUUUGAAAUAAUCAAACCUUUUGAUAAAUACAUCAUGAGGCUGCAAGAUCGCCUCCUCAAAGGUGUUACACCACUGCUUAUGGCCUGCAAUGCUUAUGAGUUGAGCAUUAAGACAAGUGGGUUUGGUAAUCCAAGAGAAAUGGCCAAUGCUUUUGAGACCACUGUUUCUCUUUGUCGUAAGUCUUUAGCACUGCUGGGCCAGACCUUCUCACUAGCGUCUGUUUUCAGGCAAGAGAAAAUACUUGAAGCUGUAGGACUCCAGGGAAUGGCUCCAGCACCAACACUGUUCCCAAACUUUGAUGAUUCGACGUUGUUUGGAAGAGAGUACAUUGAAAACCUGAAGGCUUGGUUGGAGAAGAGUGGCUAUCCCAUUCAGAUGAAGAGAGCUGAGCCAGAGUGGACAGCAGAGCUUAAAAAACCCUCCCCUGACACUAAAGUUGAAACUCUACAGCGAGCUGACCAGAAAGUUGUGGAGAUAAUUGACCAGCUAGUGAACAGCAUUGUUUCAGGAACCUUGUCUGCCAAAGAGAGAAAUGCUCAGAAGAACAAUCCUGAAUAUUGGUUCUUGUCUGAUGAAGAUAGUCUCGAAUACAAGUAUUACAGACUGAAGUUAUCAGAGAUGCAGAGGCGAACAUCAUCUGGAAAGGAAGCAGAUGGAGAGGGCAGAACACUAGAAGAAUCUGCAACAGAAUCAGUCAGGGCCAUGUUGUAUGCCAGGAAAGUUGCAAGUAUUAAGAGAAGGCUGUUUAAAAGAAAAAGGCUUGGAAUUAUCACAGCACAUGGUAUUCGAGGAAGGAAGGUGAGGAGAGCAACCACAGGGACACAGACUGUGCUUUCAGCUGGCACAGUGCUGAAGCACCAAGGCAAGCAUCUUCAAGGUUCAGCCCAGUCAAAGCCUUCUGGAUCAGAAACCAGCUUGUGUGAGAAGAAUUCUUCCCUUGAUCCAACCUCACCCUCCCAAGGUGCCACCAGUUUGGAUGUGUCUCUGCCAGCAGAAGAAAGAGCAGAUUCUGAGGAUUUGUUAGCACCAGCUGAACUUUUCCCACCAUUGUCCUCCCAGUUUCCUGAUGUGGAUGCUAAAACAAUGGAAACUGCUGAGAAGCUUGCCAAAUUUGUUGCUCAGGUAGGACCAGAAAUUGAGCAGUUCAGCAUAGACAACAGUGCAGAUAACCCAGACCUUUGGUUUCUCCAGGAUCGAAACAGUUCUGCUUUCAGGUUUUACCGAAUGAAAGUCUACGAGUUGUGUCCCUCCAUUAACUUCAGUGCUGUGUCAGAAGCAGGUGAUGCUGGGGAAAGGGCUAAAGCUGAAGAGAGGAACUUGGAUAUUUCAGAAGAGGAAGAGGAGGAAGAAGAAGGAGAAGAAGAAGAUAACGAGGAGGAAGCUGAGUUUGAGGAGGAUGUCUCCCAGCCUUUGGAAGAAAUGGAGCAAGCAGAGGAAGGAGAAGAGGAUGACAUGUCAGCAGGUAGAAGUGUGGAAAACCUAUCUGAAGAGAUGAUUUCCAAAACAGGAGAGGAAAUUUCAACAGGUGAAAUGCAGCUAGCAGCAUCAUCUGAUGGUGCUGUACCCAAUCUGUCGACACAGGCAUCGACUCCUGCUCCUGGUACCCCAUUUCCUCGCAAACGAAUCAGCAGCAAGUCUCUGAAAGUUGGUAUGAUUCCUGCAUCUAAAAGGAUUUGCCUCAUAGAAGAACCAAAAGUGCAUGAACCUGUCAGAAUUGCCUAUGAUAGGCCUCGUGGUUGCCCAGUUACAAAGAAGAAGAAGAAACCAAAAGAUUUAGAAUUUUCACACAAGAAACUGACAAACAGGAAUGUGGGUUUCCAGAUGCUUCAGAAGAUGGGCUGGCAAGAAGGACAUGGCCUUGGUACCAGAGGAAAAGGAAUCCGAGAGCCUGUAAAAGUGGGUGCUACCUCUGCAGGGGAGGGCUUGGGUGUUGCAGGGGAAGAAAAUAAAGAAGAUGCAUUUGAUGUUUUCCGUCAAAGAAUGAUACAAAUGUACAGGCAGAAAAGAGCAAGUAAAUAGGUUUGACUUUGACUUGCUGGCUAGAAAGUGCUCGGAUAUGCACAAGCAGCUGUGGGAAAGAUCUUCAGCAGAGUAUGCCAGGCUGAAGAGCACUUGGUUCUAUAGUAGUGGACUUUGAAUACUGAUGUAUUAAAGCAUUUUCCAAGGUCCAAGUUAGCCUUGUGUUUAAUUGUGCAAGCUAACAACUUGGAUGUCAUCUUCUGAGGAAGAAACACCUGAUUUUGUUCUCGGAAGUGCCUGUUUACCUCUCUCUUUGGCCAAGUUUGCCUGUUUUGGGAUGAGAUGGCUUACCUAAAGAAAAGGAAUGAGCAACAUGAGAAGUCUGAGCAGCCUGCUUUGGCUCUGAUCCUUUCUGAAACAAAGAAUCUUCUCAAAUUCAGAUCUUCUUGCAAGGCAGUUUGAUUUUGUUAUGCUACAUUGUGUUGAUGGGCUAAUCUUCUGAUCUGCUUCUGGAGUCUGCAGAAUGCAGUUUCCUUUCCUCCCUACACCAGUUUUAAGAAGAGUCUCUACCUGUGUGCUUGUUUGAUGUGGGACUCUAGACUUCAGGAUGAAUAAGUGAGUUCAUCUGUGUCUGAGAACACUAAACACUCCCUUGAAAACAGUGGCUGCUGAGGUUUUUCAUUGCAAUCAACAACUGGUACAUAUUCCCAGUGUACUUUUUGCCUUUACACAAAUCUGCAGCUCUUCUCCAACAAAUUCUUGAAUCAUUUCUUUCCUUCUCAGAGAGGUUUAAGCCAUGAACAGGUACAAUUCAUGUGUUUGCAGAGAACACUGAAGAAGUCAGACACUUGGAAGUCAGAUAUUCACAAGUCAGCUGGAAGUGGAUCAUUAUAAAACCAUCAGUUUAGAGAAUCCUACCUGUUUCUGUUCAAUAUUUCCUCUAAGGGACUAUUCCAGAACUUAACUGGAAGAGAAGACUGGAUUAACCUCAUGUGCUUCAACACAAAGCAUUACUUGCUUGGUGAAGCAGCUCUGAAGACGUGAAGGAUUGAGCAGUGUUGCCACAAACAAGCAUUCAAGGUCUGAUGGCUCAUCUUGCACAUCCAUAAGGGAUCUGUGACUGGGUCACUGAAAGUGACAGAAUUUAGUAGCACACUUUUUAGUGUGCUCCUUCUCUGUCAUCACUCUAAAACUAGUCCAAAUCCUUCAUUUGAAUGCUCCAGUACCAAACCCUCCCUCACUGGCAGAGCUGAUCUUGAGCCUAACACACGUUUUGCUUACUGACAGUGAGUCCUGUCUUGCUGAUGUUUCCAUCCUACACCAUGCUUCUUGCAGAGCAAAGAGCUUGUGCUACACCACUAAUAGCACACCCCACCAUGAUGUGGCAGCAUCUCAAGUUCCUAACUGACAGAUAUGCAAGAAACUAGUCUUCAGUUACCAACUUGCCUGCUGUUGAAAGAACAAAACUAGAUUCUUUCUCCAUUAAACCCCUUCUGGUUGAAAGGGAGGGUCUCUGUUUUCAUUCUAUAGCAACAAACCUCUCCUUGGAACAACUGGUUUUAGUUUCUGAGCAAAAGGAGGGGUUUUUCUUUACUGUGAUGGGUCUUUGAAACCAUGGGAAGAUAAAUGGUGUGGCAGUGUGAUUUAUCUGAUCACUCAGCUUGACUUGUCUUGAAGCACCUGGUCACUGAGUUAAAACCACAGUGGCAGGUGUAGAAAGGUCUGCUGGUAGUUCUGGUUUCCCAUCAACAUCAAGUGUCUUCACAUGAACAAGCAGUUGAAGCAUAAAGGCUGUAAAUGAGUUCAUCUGGUUGUCAGAUUGGAUUGAGGAUGGUGGAGAGUCAAGAUGUUCCUCAUAGGCUUCACUUGGAGAUGUUUAAAGUCCUUAAAGGUUUUGGACCACAGGCUACUUGAAGGCUCAUCAGUUGCAGUAUUUGGCAGUGUGUGCUCACCUAAGUUCCUAUUUGGGUGUGUUCUUCACUGCCCCACUUCCUCUCCUGUGCCUGAUUAGCAGUGUGAAACCUGAGCCUUCCAAAAGGGAGAUCUAUCAGUCACACUCUGUGUUAGAAUGCCACUGGAACCAAUACUGAUGGCCUCAGAUGUGUAUCUCAGACCCACUCAAAGGGUUUGGCUUUUCUUUUUGUUUCAGUGGUGCAGCUGCCAGUGUUACUGCUCACAGGUUUUGUUUUCCCUGCAAGCUUCUAGCUCAGCUCUUCUUUCACCUUGUCAUUUUGGAAGGGUUCUUCAUUACAUGUCUCACCAUUUGCUGAAAGGCACAAGGCAAAGUGGAGUUUCACACUAGGUGGAAAUCCACUCCCUCAAGCCCAGCCCAGCCCUCUGUGCUGCUCUGAUUUACCCCAUGUUUGGGCACAGCACCAUUUGGGGUGCACUGGCUAAACACCUACUCACCCAAUCUGAGAGAAAUGUUGGUAUCCAGGUUGGAAGAUGCUACUGUCCUUCCUGAAUGCAAUUCAAUGCAGAGUAUAAAGCUGUCUUGAGAAUAAAGGUGACCACUGGGGGAAAAGCUCAACCUUCUCCCCUGGAUGACUGCAGCAUGGUCUAUCUUUCUUAUGCCAAACUUUGGACAAGAGAUCAGCAGUGCAGUACUGGUGCUGAGAUUCCAGUGUUGCUUUCAAGUGGGUUCCCAUUUACCACUUUGAUCUUGUUUUACCAAGACAUGACCUUGCACUCCUUUUGCAAAAGGAAUUUCCUUUGCUGAUGGGGGUUUUUUUUUGGACCUGCUUUUGCAGGCAGCUCUGCUUUGAAAAUGUACUUGUACAUGUGAAACAUUUGUUAUGCAGAUACCUUGCCUUGGUUCAAGUUUUACUAGCUUCUUUUCUGUUAUUUUAGUUCCAGGCUCUCUUCCAUGAAGACUGCAAGCUUCAGUGAACAUUUUAACUAACUUCAGUGGUGUGUCUACUGUCUUUUGGUUGGGGUUUUUUUCUUUCUUUGCCCAUUAACCUUGGAGAGCAAUUUGCUGGUUUCUGUUCUGUGGGUGUUGCCAGUAGUGCUGACCUAGUAGUAGAUGCUCAUGUUAUUGGAGAACUGACAUUUCUUUUUAGUGUAAGUAAACAUGUUAGCCUUGUUAAUCUUUUAAUAUCUGCAAUAAAUGUAGAACUUAAAGAGUUGCUGGUUUAAAUGUUUUGCUUGUGCAUUUGGCCCUUGGUGAGAGAGAUGCAUCCUUCUGGCACCAAGAGGUGGAAUCGAGUCCCUGUGGUGUCACCUCAGUGUAAAGCAUGAGGGAAGGGAGGUCCCUCUGUUUCUGUGCUGUUGAAUGUCCCUGUUGGAGAAAAUACCCACUAAAUCAUUUCUUACUUAACUUUUUCAUGUGGUUUCUAGUGCAUUCAACCCACACACAACCCUGUGACUUGCCACGUGUGCCCCAGCCAGAACACCUUUACUCACGGUGCAGGAAUUUGUUGCCUCUCUGAUUGGUGUAUUGACUUUAAAACAGCAAAACUCUCUCUUCAUACAUCUCUGUGUGGUUUUACCCUUUGCCUUUAAAUUCAGAUUCCUUUUUUAGCCAGGACAUGGGGUUGGGAGUUGGAGUGAGGUGAGGUUUAACACUCAUGCAGCUGCUUUCUGUUGAGGUAAAGUGAGAGCGCUCACUCGUGAGAGACACCAGCCAGGUCUCCUGGCCUUUGCUUUUAUACUGACAGCUAGGGAAAGCUUUACAGAGACAAAUCUCCAGCCCUGGCUACACCUUUAUUUUCCUCCUUUUCCUUCCAAAAUCUCUUCUAUGUAAGGCCACUUGCUCUUGGUGGGGAGAAAUGAGGAGAUCCCCAUGUUGGGGAGGUGCCUUGGCAGAGAAACUACAGCCAGCACUACACUGUUGGGGGUAAUUCUGUUGGACUCAUAGAGGUGUUUUCAACAUUUUGCCUUCAGAGCUUUUAUUUGGUGUAAUACCAGUGACAUCAUUUCCUAUUUUUGGGGUGUUUUUUACCAGACACUACAGCAUCCUUAGUGUGAAUGUUGCCACUGAGCUCCCAUUCUGCUUUAAAGGAUCAUGCCCAAAGAAAGCCUGGACUCAGAAACUCAGAUACUGUCAGUUUGGCUUGUUUUCUGUCUUACCAGCAGGUAUCUUCUCUAAUUCAACAUGACUUCCUGCAAGUCCUGUCUCAUCUUGAGUUCUGCAUAGCUCAUGACUGAGUGGCCAAUCCCAACCAGACUGUAGAUCUGAGCAAUAACAAACACCUGCAGUGAGAAACAGGCUCAAACAAUAGGCUGCUUCUGAAAGAAAAGUCAUUUUGUGAACCUUGUGAAGUAGGUAACUUGCUGAAUUGCAGCAAGGGUGGCAAAUGUUUGCAUUAUCU